GGGAGACUUGUGCCAGAAGUGCACGAUAGAUUAGUUAAAGAGUUCCAGAAAAGUAGAUUAUGGACAGCAAAAUGGUCUGGAGAUUCAGAACAGUCAGUUUUUCAGGUGAGCAAAAAGCCAGAGCAAUACGUUGUCAAUGUAAAACAAGCAUCAUGUACUUGUAGGUCAUGGGACUUAUCUGGCAUUCCAUGCACUCAUGCUGUCGCUGCAAUUGGAUGGCUUCACAAAGAUCCAGUAGACUUUGUGCAUGAAGCAUAUACAAGGGAAACAUAUUUCAGGGUAUACCAUCACAAUGUUGAACCAACAAAUGGAGAGAACUUAUGGGUUGCCACUGGUGGUGAUACCGUUAUACCUCCUCCAAUGAAAGUAUCUAUUGGAAGACCAACAAAAAAGAGAAGGAGAGAACACGAUGAGCCUAAGACAAGCAGUCGACUAAGACGAAGGUAUCCGAAGAUAAAAUGUGGCAAAUGUGGAGGACUAGGGCACAACAAAAGAGGAUGUCAUAAUCCUGCAAUAUCUCAGCCACCCAAUGUGAAUGUUAAUGUCGACAUAGAAAGUGCAGUUGGAAGAAGGGGUACUAAGGGAAGAGGUCGUGGUAGAGGUGGUAGAAAGGUUGGUCCAAUGAGAGGAGGUGGCAUUGGUAGGUCUUCUACUACUAAUACUGAUGCAGUGAGUAUUGAUGCGGAUCGAGUCAACAGUGGCAAUGUCUUUCGAUCAAAGAUGCCCAUGAAAAGAUCUAUGAUGCGAGGGGGUGGAAGUGGUGGUGGAAUUGUCAUGACCGAGAGCCAUACAAUGCCAAUGGAUUUGAGUUUUGGUGGAUCAUGCAGCCCUGGAAAAAGAACAAAAUCAAGUGCCAGGAGGAUGCCAAACACUAUUCUUACAAUUCAAGGUGCAACAUCCAAAGCUAGGUACACUACCAUGCUGAAUGCAACUCAGGAAUCAAUAACGAAAGCAAGGAGGUAGUCAUAUUAGUGAUAAUAUUAGGGUCGUGCUAACUAGAUUAGUAAAUAUCUAUUGGAUAUGUUUUUGGUGGACUUAGCAUCUGAAUAUGUUUUGGACUUACGUAUGACAAUCAUCUGGCAUCUAGAUAAUGUUGUUUUGGACUUGCUUCUAUGAAACAAAUAUGAUAUGGUGAAUUAAUAUAAAGGUCUAUUAUGGUGGAAUUUUAAUCUUUAUGGUGGAGUUAUUUUGAUUUGUUUUGUUAAGGUGUAGAAUUUUGACAUGUUUUGUUACAAAUUUUUUUUCCACGUGGCAUUUUUUCCACAUCAGCCUUUGAUUUGGUGGUCAACAUGCCAGGUGUAAUGUUUGA